UGGCGGCGGCCGAGGCUGCGCACACGUGGCUCCUCCUCCCUCGGGCUGCGGGCGCGGCGGGUGCGUGAGCGGCACCGGCAUCGGCACCGGCAUGGGCGUGCAUGUGGAGACCAUCGCCCCCGGCGACGGGCGGACGUUCCCCAAGCGCGGCCAGACCUGCGUGGUGCAUUACACGGGUAUGCUGGAGGAUGGGAAGAAGUUUGAUUCCUCCCGCGACAGGAACAAGCCGUUCAAGUUCGUCAUGGGCAAGCAGGAGGUGAUCCGUGGCUGGGAGGAAGGAGUUGCUCAGAUGAGCGUUGGUCAGCGGGCAAAGAUGACCAUCUCUCCAGAUUAUGCCUAUGGCUCUACUGGCCACCCAGGGAUCAUCCCACCAAAUGCCACUCUAAUUUUUGACGUGGAGCUCAUGAAAUUGGAAUGACCUACCCCAGCACCCUGUCCUUGGGUUUGGCACAUGGAGGAACCCAGAAUCUCAGCUUCAAGAAGAGUGCACAUGACUUUGUACGGAGCUUUUCCCGAUAGUCCACUACACUCAUUGUAUAACCUUACACCUUGAUUGAAUGCCUUUGGUCACUAAGCUUUGCGUCUGACUCUUCCUCCUUGUAUCGUGUUUUUAUGUCUUUUUAAACUAUACGCCAUAAACCUCAACUCUUUUUGGGUCAA